AUGGCAUUUCUCAGGGCUUGCAACCCUAAUAUUGCUUUCCUUACUGAAACUUUGAUUGGUGAGUCAAAUGCUUACAAUGUUUAUUCUUCCUUGGGUUUCGACAACUACAGAUAUAUUUCUGCUAAUGGCAGAAGUGGAGAUUGGGAUCUCCUUUGUGUGUAUGGGCCUCCCGAAAAACACUUAAGAAGCAGAUUUUGGUCAAAUCUCUCUCAUUAUGCUGCUCAAAUUCCUAAUCCCUGGUGUAUCAUGGGUGAUUUAAAUGUUAUUCAAUCAAUGAGAGAAAAUAAGGGUGGUAAUCAAACCAGAAAUGCAGCAAAUGGUGAUUUUAAGAACUUUAUACAAGACAUGGGUUUAAUUGAUAUGGGAUUUACAGGGCCAACCUUUACAUGGUCUAAUGGAGCUGUUGUUGAGAAACCAAUUUUUGAAAGGCUUGACAAAGCUAUGUGUACUCCUGAUUGGUUUUUUAUGUUCCAGAACAAUGUUGUUCUUCAUCUUCCUAGAAUAAGUAGUGAUCAUGCUCCCAUUCUUGUUAACACUCACAGGACUACUAAACUAAGAAGGAAGCAUUCUAACAAGUUUGAGUACUUCUGGGUAGAUCAUCCCGCCUUUAAGGAUGUGGUGAAAAAUUCUUGGAACUCUACUCAUCAUAACAUUAUGGGUAAACUCAGUUCAGUUGGGGAGGAUUUAAACAAAUGGAUCAAAGAAGCUUUUGGAAACAUUUUUAGAGCAGUAGAAGAUACUAAGGAAAAGCUACUCAAGGUGCAAAUGGAGGCCCACGGUAGAGAUACAAGAGCUGAAGAAACUGAACUGUGUAAAGAAAUUGAUAAAUUAAAUCUUCUGCAAUAA